AAUACUUCCUUUGUAAAGUCCAAAAUGUUGAGAUACAUGUUUUUUAAUGCUAAAUUGUCUGCGUAGAACGACAUUUUUGUAUGGCAGAAAACAAAGUUACGUCAAACUGUCAAAGUCAAAUCGGUUUGAAUUUUCGAAACUUUUUUGUGUAGCGGUCGUGAAAAAGAAACUGAAAUUCAAAUAAAAUAAUAACAACAUAUUCAAAACAUUUCACAGUUGCAAAAUAUCUUAGUUAAAGAUGCCAUCAGUACAUACAUUUUCACGCAGCGACAAUGAGAUCCUGCAAGAGUUGCUGAAGGUGUUUAGCUCUGGUCGUGGCACUACUCGGGAACAAUGGAGCAUGCAAGCAGAGUUACUGGUGGAACCAGUUGGCUGGGAUGCUCUAUGGAAACUAUCCAAGGAUUUCUGUAAGAAGUUUGAAGUAAGAUUCCCCUGCAUAGCCUAUGUGACAGUGACAUCAGUGGACUUUGAGAACCUCUCAGCUUGUGUGGAUGUGCUCAGUGUGCAACAUGAGACUGUAUCACUACCUGAAGACAUAGUAGAUGUACCAUUGAUCGAGCUCUGGCCUACGAUGAAGCAACGAGAACAGUGUAUCAAUGUUGCUGCUACUGCGGAGUUUAUUGAUUUGUUGAGAUUCUACUACAACGACAUUUGGAUGCCUUGGGACGACUCAGAAGUGCUACUAUCAAACACGAUAGAGGAACGCAUGCAGCUCUGGUCAGAUAUGCACAACGGUACCAUACCAAACUGUGUGGCUCGGUCCAUUACGUUGCUGAGGAACAGUGCUAUAGAUGCUCACGAGAAACUGAAGCAGAUGGACUCUUCACUGUGUGAAGGGGAUGUGGCUAGUGAUGAUGAUUCACUUCUACCGCCUAACUACAUAUCGCUCUGCGCGGAAAUGAACGCGCGACUCGACGGGUUGAUGUCGAAGUGGACGCUGUAUGAAAACUCAUUGAUUCGGGAACAGUAUCUGGCGAGGGAGCGGUCUAAAUGGCAGAGGAAUAAAAGUAAAAAGAAUGUUGUAGCAGUAUGGCAAGGCGGUUCAAUCUUCGAAUUCAGUGAGAUAUCCAAGUUUCUAAUAUCACACGUCACCAAUGACUUCCGACUAAGCGUACUGACGUCAGUGGAGGACGCACUGCAGUUGGAGCCCCACGAGCUAGUCCUGUGUGGACAUGAACUGAUGCUGCCUGAGUUACCGCUGGCUAAUAUUAAUGUGACUAGUUUUAAAGGCGCGACUCUCCAAGCAUCAGACAUGCGUUCCUGUCUCCUCAUGUUGUCAGAAGAGUGCCGGCUCCGGGAACUGACCCUGCACUGCUCGUCAGUAAACACAGUGAUAGUGAUGAGAUCUGGCACUCUACAUAUUGUGAGCUGUAAUAUAUUGGAUCAGUCGAGUAGUUCUAAGAGUGAUUUCGCCCAAGGCAUAGUGGCGAUGUCUGGCGCGAAGAUCCUCAUAGAAAACUGCACGUUUGAUAACUUCUACUCCGGAAUCGUCGUGCAUAAGGGAGCGCAGGUGGAGUUCAGGAACUGUACAAUAAAGAACUGUGGCGUAGGCAUACAGAUGUACUCUGGGUCUAAAGUGGAAUUGAGUGACACCGCGAUAUCCAACUGCAGUGAGCAGUGCAUACGAUGUGAACUCGAUGUCACGAUGGAUGCAGCUACUGCUAGUGCUAAAGGAUUCGAAGGUCUACUAGUAAAUGCGAACUGCAAGAUAGGUACAGGUGACUUACAAAAGGAGGUUCUAAUUGUAAAACAAGAUGUCAGUAUAUGAUUCAGUAUAUUUUAUUACAAUAUAUAAAAUGAUAUGAAUGGUAUUUAUAAUGUCUAAAAGUCAUUAAAUAUAAAUAUUAGAGUUGUAUGAAGGAACAUAUUUUUAUAAAGUACCUAAUAAUUCUUUGUCUAAUCCAGGCAUCGAAGUGUCGGCUCUGAAUAGUCUGAAUAUGGUCCAAGUCUGUCUAAUUGUAGUUGUUGAAAGUUUGAUUUCGGUCCUGAUGGCUGUUAGUUCCAUUCCUGGAUUGGCAAAAUUAUUAUUGAAGUUUUUGACUCUUAGAGUCUGCAUUGUAUAUUUUGAGCGCAAUAUUUUUAUUAAGACACCUGUUAUAAUAAAUGCAUUUAAUUAUAAUUAAAUUACCUGUGUAAGCCAAAAUUAA